GCCGGCCGGGUAACAGGAAGAGUGAGCGUCGGACAGCGGGUUCUCAGAGCGACCAGCGCCGGACUCCAGCGCCCAUCCGCCCGCCACCCAGCAGCCUCUCCCCGCACCCAAGGGUGCACCAUGGCCGCGCCACUGACGGACUUCGAUAAACGGAAGCAAAUCAGCGUACGGGGGAUCGCCGAGCUCGGGGAUGUGGUGGAGCUGAAGAAAAGCUUCAACAGGCAUCUGCACUUCACCCUGGUCAAGGACAGGAACGUCGCCACCCCCCGGGAUUACUACUUCGCUCUAGCCCACACUAUCCGCGACCACCUGGUCGGCCGCUGGAUCCGCACCCAGCAGUAUUACUACGAGAAAGACCCCAAGCGGAUAUACUACCUGUCGCUGGAGUUCUACAUGGGUCGGACCCUGCAGAAUACGAUGGUCAACCUGGGACUGGAGAAUGCCACUGAUGAGGCCAUAUAUCAGCUGGGUUUAGAUAUUGAAGAGCUGGAGGAAAUUGAAGAGGAUGCUGGUCUGGGCAAUGGAGGCCUUGGUCGGCUGGCAGCUUGUUUCCUUGAUUCACUGGCCACGCUGGGGUUGGCAGCCUAUGGCUAUGGCAUUCGCUAUGAGUUUGGUAUCUUCAAUCAAAAGAUUCAUAAUGGCUGGCAGGUGGAGGAAGCUGAUGACUGGCUGCGCUAUGGUAACCCGUGGGAGAAAGCCCGUCCGGAAUACAUGCUCCCCGUUCACUUCUACGGCCAUGUGGAGCGCGGCCCCAACGGUGCGAGAUGGCUCGAUACUCAGGUUGUCCUGGCCAUGCCCUACGACACUCCAGUGCCGGGAUUCAAGAACAACACCGUCAACACCAUGAGGCUGUGGUCUGCAAAGGCUCCCAACGACUUCAAUCUGAAGGACUUCAACGUCGGUGACUACAUCCAGGCGGUGUUGGAUCGAAACCUGGCUGAGAAUAUAUCCCGAGUCCUCUACCCCAACGACAAUUUCUUCGAGGGCAAGGAGCUGCGUCUGAAGCAGGAAUACUUCGUGGUAGCCGCCACUCUUCAGGACAUCAUCCGACGCUUCAAGUCUUCCAAGUUUGGCUGUCGCGAUCCAGUCCGUACCUCAUUUGAAACUUUCCCAGAAAAGGUGGCCAUCCAACUCAAUGACACCCACCCUGCUCUUGCCAUUCCUGAGCUGAUGAGGAUCCUGGUGGAUGUGGAGCAGUUGGAGUGGGAAAAGGCGUGGGAUAUAACGAUCCAGACCUGUGCUUACACCAACCACACCGUGCUGCCCGAGGCUCUGGAACGCUGGCCCGUGGAUAUGUUUGAGAGACUUCUGCCCAGGCACCUGCAGAUCAUCUACGAAAUCAACCAGAUACAUCUGGAUAAAAUUGCCGCCCUAUAUCCAGGGGACGAAGACCGAAUGAAACGUAUGUCGCUGAUCGAGGAGGGAGAUCCCAAGAGGAUCAACAUGGCGCACCUGAGUGUUGUUGGGUCGCACGCCGUCAACGGGGUGGCGCGAAUUCACUCAGAAAUUGUGAAAAGCACCAUUUUUAAGGAUUUCUACGAGGUUGAGCCGGCGAAGUUUCAGAAUAAGACUAACGGGAUCACUCCGCGACGUUGGCUAUUGCUGUGUAACCCUGGUCUAGCAGAUGUCAUCGCUGAGAGGAUUGGAGAAGGUUUCAUCACGGACCUGUACCAGCUGAAGAAGCUGAUGGCCUUUGUCGACAACGAUGCCUUUAUAAGUGACGUCUCCAACGUGAAGCAGGAGAACAAGCUGAAGUUUGCAGCUUAUCUGGAGAAUGAGUACAAGCUGAAAGUCAACCCUUCAUCCAUCUUUGACGUCCAUGUCAAGCGCAUCCAUGAGUACAAGAGGCAGCUCUUGAAUUGUUUACACAUCAUCACAUUCUACAACCGUAUCAAAAAAGCACCAAACAAAACCUUUGUGCCAAGAACGGUGCUGAUUGGAGGAAAGGCUGCUCCCGGAUACCACAUGGCCAAGAUGAUCAUCAAACUCAUCACAUCUGUUGGAAAUGUUGUCAACAACGACCCCAUUGUGGGUGACCGGUUGAAGGUCAUCUACCUGGAGAAUUACCGGGUGUCGCUGGCUGAGAAAGUGAUCCCUGCAUCAGACCUGUCUGAACAGAUUUCAACGGCUGGAACGGAGGCUUCAGGAACAGGCAACAUGAAGUUCAUGUUGAACGGGGCCCUGACGAUAGGAACCAUGGAUGGCGCCAAUGUGGAGAUGGCUGAGGAGGCGGGCGAGGAGAAUCUCUUCAUCUUCGGGAUGAGAGUGGAGGACGUUGAGGCACUCGAUAAAAAGGGAUACAAUGCCGGAGAAUAUUACGACAAGCUGCCGGAGCUCAGGCAAGCCAUGGACCAGAUCAGCAGUGGGCAUUUCUCCCCAAAGGAGCCAGAGCUGUUCAAGGACGUGGUUAACAUGCUGAUGCACCACGACAGGUUUAAAGUUUUUGCUGACUUUGAAACUUACAUCAAAAGCCAAGAUAAAGUUAGUGAACUUUACAAGAAUUCAAAGGAAUGGACCAAGAUGGUGAUAAAAAACAUCGCAAAUUCUGGCAAGUUCUCAAGUGACAGAACCAUCAAAGAUUAUGCCAGAGAGAUUUGGGGUGUGGAGCCCUCUGAUGUGAAGAUUCCCCCUCCAAAUGAACCCAAACCUUAGUCCCUCGAGUGCCCAAUGGGUAUCGGGACGGGUAGUGAAUGCAAUCUCGCCUCUUGUGUUUUGUUCCUUUACUUCUACCCAAACAUCAGAUUAGUGUGUGUCACGGGACUCACUUUGCAUUUGUCUGUCUUUUUUUAACCAUACCUGGUGUGCACCAUAUUAAAACAUGCGUAAGUCAAGGGA